AAUUAAUUAAGUGCUACUUAUGUUUUUUUACCACCAUCCAUCUCCCCUCUUUAUCUCCCUACCUUACUCUAAUAACAUCCUAUAUUCAUUUCGAUAUUCUACGUCUUUUGACAAGAAGGGAAGAAAUAGAAAACCAAAACACCCUUAAAAAAGAAUUACCCAUAUUUUCCACUUCUUUCUCUUCUUCAAAAUUUUUUUAUUUUUUUAUUUAUUUUUUUUAACUAGGAAGUCAAUUAAGAUAAUUAAUUAUUGUAUGCAUGGCUUCUAAAGUAUGGAUAGCUCUUGUUGCGGUGGCGGCAUUGAUUAUCGUUACGGAGUCGAUGUCGUUUGAUAAAUCUACGUGGGGAAUGUCUCGAUUGUCCGUCGAUGGUGACGGAAAUCUACCCAUAAUGCGUACUUGUAAUGGGCGUAGAGGAGAUUGUAUUGGUGAUGAAGAAGAAGAAGAUAAUGAAAUUACUGACCGUCGCCAAUUAGCUCGUAGAAGGUACAUAAGUUAUGAUGCAUUGAAGAAGAACAACGUACCAUGCAACAGGCGAGGACACUCUUACUAUAACUGCAACUCUAAUGCAAGGGCCAACCCUUACAAUAGAGGCUGCACCUACAUCACCCAUUGUGCCAGGAACCUUGGCUAA